GACAAGCAGCGAGCGACACGCCGUCGAGCGAGCGCGAGCUCAUAUCGGCAACGCUACGCUUCACGAUGAAUGCACACCCGCCUCUGAGGACUUCUCACGCACACUGGCCCCUUCCACGGUCACGACACAUAGCUCUUGGGAAUCGUGAUUCUCUGGUGUCGCCGACAAAUGGCUCACACGCCCAGCCCACGACGGCAGAGGAGUCUCCAAAACUCUUGAAACGCACCGGACACCGACUUCGUCUUCCCUCUUGCUCUCUGGCAUUGCCUGGCGCGGAUGGUCAGCCGCCCAAUUGAGAGGUGGGGAGUGGCCGGCGUAGCUCACACCAAGGACAAAGACUUAUUGCCCUAUUGCCCAGCAAACUGCACUGAAUCGCUUUGCACACUGUGUGGGCGCGCACAAUCGCAUGCGCCUGGUCGAUGCCAAGGUCGCGCGCGAGUUCGUCUCUUCAGCCACCGCAGCCUCAUCACCAGCAGAGAGAACGUGACCAAGUACGAGCUCCAGCCAUCGAAGGACGCCCGCAAGCAUUUUGCAUCCUAUGACAACCUCUACCAAAUGGCCGAAGCAGUGCUCGUGAAGGCUACUACGCUCAUGAGACGCGCAAGAGAGCGCAACCAGCUCCUCGCAUUCUGCUCAUUCAGCUUCUUCUCCGCUGCGCGUCCCGGAGACUUCCUCAUCGCCGAGGACUACAAGGACGCAAAUUACGCACUGCAGUACAAGGAUCUUCAAUUCUUCUUCCUGUUGUGCGAGGACGGCGUCGCCCGCCUCGCCGUCGAGGUCACAAUCCGCAACCUCAAGUGUCACAAAGAGAAGCAGAGCGAGUGGCGAAAGGUCAGCUCCGUGUCUCGUGAUGACUUCUUUCCUGCUUUGGAUCCGGCCAUCCUUCUCUUUUCGAUGGCAAUGGAGGACGGCGCGCUGGAGGGCAUCUCGACUCAGCACCUCGACGGCGACGGCCUGGUAGCGUUGAAUUUCACCGAAAUCUCUCACCGCCUUCAGCUCGGACCCGUCAAGACAAGCAUGCUAGAGGUGCGGGUCUUCUCCAAAAUAAAGGGCAGGCAGGCCUCAGGCGAGCCCCUCACGGCUGACGGCAUGCGUUACCAGUUCAACAAGUCGCGCUGCCUCGCCUCACCUACACUAGUCGCGUAUGACUUCCGUAGACGCGCAGUGCUGCUCCUCAACCGGCCCGACAUCACGUCAGAGGAUUCGAGGAGCGGCUUCCGUCAUACUGCGACCAACCAAGCAAUGGGAAAAGCUCUACCUUUUUAAGAACAUCCCGACCUCAUGUGCCUCUCUCGCCACGGCAGAAAAGGGCGACGAUUCUCCGCAUGGCCUGACAACUCGCAGCCACCCAUCGACACGCUAACGCCGGCCGAGGAGCUCGAGCUGCGUCCCCAACCGGCGAUGCUCAAGCCCGCCGCCGACAGGAUACAAGUUUUGCCACACUGAAGGCAAUUGGUGAGGACUCAAAGUCGCCGGAGGCCGUCGAGCUGCGUCACAU